CAGGCUUUGAUUAGUAUUUUAGACUCGUAGCACACGUUUCUCUGGAGCUGAUGUUUUCCUAAAGCUUCCAGCUUGGCUGAAAAAGCUACUUUGCUGGAAUGUUUUAACGGGUUGAAGACCCUCUAGGAUUUGAAGUUCAUUUAAAUUAGUUGAAGGAAAGACUUCUGGCCUCGUCAGAGAAAUAACUGGAAUCAUGGAUCAGAACAACAGCUUGCCACCCUACGCUCAAGGCUUAGCCUCCCCUCAGGGUGCAAUGACUCCAGGAAUUCCAAUUUUUAGCCCGAUGAUGCCGUACGGCACGGGACUGACCCCGCAGCCUGUCCAGAGCACCAACAGUCUGUCCAUCCUAGAGGAACAACAGCACCAGCAGCAGCAGCAGCAGCAGCAAGCAGCGCAGCAAUCUACAUCGCAGCAAGCGACGCAGGGAACGUCUGGUCAAACCCCCCAGCUCUUCCACUCACAGACUCUUACCACAGCCCCUUUACCGGGAACCACACCUCUGUACCCCUCUCCGAUGACUCCGAUGACGCCAAUAACUCCGGCAACACCGGCGUCCGAGAGCUCUGGGAUCGUGCCGCAGCUCCAGAAUAUUGUGUCCACGGUGAAUCUUGGCUGCAAACUCGACCUAAAAACUAUUGCGCUUCGUGCCCGAAAUGCUGAAUAUAAUCCCAAGCGUUUUGCUGCUGUCAUUAUGAGAAUAAGAGAACCACGUACUACGGCGCUGAUUUUCAGCUCUGGAAAAAUGGUGUGCACAGGAGCAAAAAGUGAAGAGCAGUCUAGGCUGGCAGCAAGGAAGUAUGCAAGAGUUGUUCAGAAGCUGGGGUUUCCUGCAAAAUUUUUGGAUUUUAAAAUUCAGAACAUGGUGGGCAGCUGUGAUGUAAAAUUUCCCAUCAGACUAGAAGGAUUGGUACUCACGCACCAGCAGUCCAGCAGCUACGAGCCAGAAUUGUUCCCUGGCUUAAUCUACAGAAUGAUCAAGCCAAGAAUUGUUCUGCUUAUUUUUGUUUCGGGAAAAGUGGUUUUAACUGGUGCGAAAGUACGAGCAGAAAUCUAUGAAGCGUUUGAAAACAUCUAUCCUAUUUUAAAGGGAUUCCGAAAGACAACGUAACAGUUCCGACGCCUUUCAGCAAAAUCGGGGGUCUCUUUUAAAAGGUAUUGGGUAUGGCACAGCAGUAACGAGAGACGGACUUGAAGCGAAGCUGCACCACCAGGACUCGGACUCCUUCCCAGCCAGUGCCUCCUUCCCCCAUCCUCGAGGGGAACUGCGUUCUUGAUUACGUCUACUGAGUUACUGUGAGUUGCUUUACUGGGCUGUGCCUGGAGCAGCCCCUCCGAGUUUUAUUUAUAUCCUAGCUUUUAAAUAGUUUUAAUGCCAGUUCUACGAAUAAAAAAUCCAUAAGUUGGUUUAGAAGACAAAUGCAACUGUGUCACCCAAGUGUAUAAACCACUGAAAUUGCCAUGUAUAUAAGUUUUAACUUCCUUCCAUGAGACCACGGUUUUUAUAAUUUUCAGAACUUGAGCUUUUAAAUUUUUUCAAUUUUAAAUUUCUUUCGUGCCAGACACAUUCCCUCUUUCCAGUAUUAAGCAAGACAGAAUAAAUUUAUUAAUGAAAAUGGCUCACUGUACAUAUAUAUAUAAUAUAUACCUUCCUUCUCUUUCCUCCUUCAGCUCCACAUGUACAAUAAACCCUCUUUAUACAA